CGGAACCUUUCCGCUUGUGGCUAGGGUCAGGGGGAGCUAAUUGUGCGACGUACCAGUGUUAUGUAUGUUUCCGCAUAACAUGUUCGGCGGUGAAUGACAUUACGACUAACUUACUAAGGUGAGUUUACCUGCUGACAGAGCUUCAGGUGUGGACUGACUGCAGGACCAGCCAUGCUGCUGCCUCUCCUGGUGCGUCCGUCCCUCUGCUACCCUCCCACCUCUGUGCUGUUGACCCGAUGCAUCCGGAUGCUGCGGUGCGACGCCGGGAGGACGCUGCACUCUCAGGCCGAACACUUCCUGUGGCGGAGGCUCCCCCUGCGCUCCCAGACCCGAGGCGCCAAGACCCGGAGCAGGAAAACCAAGGGCCAGGAUGAGGACUGGAAGACCAGGAACAAGACGGCACUGACGUACAUCGCAGCGGCUGGUGUGGGGAUGAUUGGCCUGUCGUAUGCUGCAGUGCCUCUCUACAGACUCUACUGCCAGGCGUCGGGACUCGGUGGCACGGCGGUGGCCGGCCAUGACACAGAGUUGGUGGAGACGAUGAAGCCAGUGAAGGAACGCGUCCUCAAGAUCACAUUCAACGCUGACACGCAUGCCAGCAUGCAGUGGAACUUCAGACCGCAGCAGACCGAGAUCUAUGUGGUUCCAGGUGAAACGGCGUUGGCCUUUUACAGAGCCAAAAACCCCACAGAUAAACCCAUCAUCGGCAUCUCCACAUACAACGUGGUUCCCUUCGAGGCCGGACAGUACUUCAACAAGAUCCAGUGUUUCUGCUUCGAGGAGCAGCGCCUGAACCCUCAUGAGGAGGUGGACAUGCCCGUCUUCUUCUACAUCGACCCAGAAUUCGACGAGGACCCGAGGAUGGCCCGAGUAAGCACCAUCACCCUGUCCUACACCUUCUUCGAGGCCAAGGAGGGUCAGAAACUCCCUCUGCCUGGGUACAGCUACAACUGACCCGUCCACACAGAGAGGGACUGCCUGAGUCCUGGAUCAGGUUUACGUCUCGGGCCCAGGAAACACCAAAAAGAAAAAACAAUCAAAGAUUUAAUCCUGUAAUCCUCGCCUUUUGGGAGUUUUACCAGACCGGACCAUGACAGGAUAUAGAAGAUUCCCACUCAUCCUGGAAGCCUUGAAGUCCUGGAAAAGUUUUUAUGCCUCAGUAAAAGACAGGAGAAGAGUUCCAUGGAUUAGUUUUUCUCGUGGUUGAUCAAUGUGUUGAGACGUCAAAGUCCAAACUGUUUCUCGAGACUCGAAAGCGUCGAGCUGCUGAUCUCAGACUGUUUUUGUUUCUGACGCCCGAGAGACUGAAAAUAAUUCAGAACAUUUCUAAGUUAAACAGCCGCUGUGACUCCUGAUAAACAGGUGAUCGUUUAAUUGUUGAAACGACUGAAGAUCAAUCAAUAAAUCAAUAAAUUAUGAGUGAAAAUUGAA